GAUGUGCGCACCGAGAGCAGGCUGAACCGAAAUGAUGUCCAACCGCCUGACGGUUUUACCACAGAAAGGCGAGAGAGGCCUCAGUUUGUUUACAGUUUCGCCGAUUCGCCAUCUUGGGUUGAUUGACAUGGAAAUGGACCAACCAGCUAUGGGACCUUCAUUGUAACGCCCACCUUCCGUGGGGCGGGGGAAAGCGGUGUGAACGACAUGCGAAUCAACCAAUAGAAUUGUUCUGUGCGUGAGAGACAGCGGAUGGGGCGGGAUUUCCUGUGGUUUGUUAUGUUAACCGACCAAUGGAAAUCGAAGGCACGGCCUGCCACCGGCGAUAGGGCGAUUGUUAACCAAUCAAUUUCGCGAGUCUGUUUGACGUGAGAGCACGUGGUCGCUUUCCAGUCGGAUGGACGUACGAAUGGUCCAAUCAACCGGCGGCAGUGGUCUUGACUGACGUGUGGCCGGACCAAUCGGAUCGCGGUCACCUGUGAUCUUCAUAACCUGGCAAGAUGUUUAAUAAGUCACAGUUUGGCACGCCCACCUUCGGCAACACCAGUGGAUUCACCACGUCAGCAUUCGGACAAAAUACGGCUACUCCAGGGUUUGGUGGAUUCGGUGCAGCCACAGCCGGAUUUGGUGCAGCCACUAAUACUGGUGGUGGACUCUUUGGGAGCACUCAAAACAAACCAGGAGGACUGUUCGGCUCCAAUAGUUUUGGGCAGCCGGCAACAUCAUCCACCAAUGCCGGCUUUGGUUUUGGCACGCCGACAUCCAACAGCUUGUUUGGGGGCGCGACCACCGGGGGCCUCUUCUCUAAUCAGCAGAGCAAUGCCUUCACACAGAGCAAGCCUGCCGGAGGCUUUGGAACUUUCGGAACCAGCACGACUGGAGGCGGCCUAUUCGGCACCACCAGCACAGCCUCUAAUCCUUUCGGCGGGACCUCGGCGACUUUGUUUGGGGGAACUACCUUCAGCACGGCUGCCCCUACAGGAACUACUGUUAAAUUCAACCCCCCAACAGGCACAGACACAAUGGUGAAGUCUGGAGUCAGCACUAACAUUAGCACCAAACACCAGUGUAUCACAGCCAUGAAGGAGUAUGAGACCAAGUCACUGGAGGAGCUACGUUUGGAGGAUUACACAGCUGGCCGUAAAGGACCACAGGCCCCCCUUGGGGGAGGUGGUGGUCUGUUUGGCACCUCGACUGCAACAUCCAGCGCUGGCACUGGGCUAUUUGGAGCUACUCCAGCAAACCCAACUGGAGGAUUCAACUUCGGACAGCCCAAAACUGGCUUUGGAGCAAACACUGGUCUCCUUUCCCAAGUGGGUGUGCUGGGGACAGUCUGUGGGUCCAGUCUUCAAAAAACAGGCACUGGCGCUUUUGGCACAGCAACGGGCGGCCUCUUCGGUCAGGCACAGCCGCAGGCCAGCACUGGCCUCUUUGGGAACAAACCCUUCGGACUGGCCACCACGACACAGAGCACCGGCUUUGGUUUCGGCAAUGCUAACACCCUGGGUCAACCCAACACUAGCAGCAUGAGUUUAUUUGGAACUGCUCCGGUCUCGCAGUCAGGUGGGAUCUUUGGAACCAACACCAACACCAGUACCGGCAAUGCGUUUGGUACAGGGGGCGGCCUUUUUGGCAACACCAACGCUGCUUUCACCAAUGUCAACAAUACCCUGUUUGCUAAUAAACCUGCUGGAUUUGGAACAGCCACGACAAGUGCUUCCACCUUUGGCACAGCUAGCGCUGGACUGUUUGGUAACAAGCCAAACCUGGCUAUCGGAGCCAGCGCCAAUACUUCAAACUUUGGAUUUGGAGCAAAUGCGGCAACAAGUGGCCUGUUUGGGAGUAAACCUGCAACUGGAGCCCUCGGAACUACACUCGGAGGUGGAUUCGGAUCAGCCCUGGGUGCUGGACAGACAUCCUUGUUCGGCAGUACUCAGCCCAAGCUGGGCACUACUCUUGGAGCAGGGACGUUUGGAGCAGGAGCCUUCAACGCAGCCAAUGCUGGUGUGGGAUUUGGGGCACCUCAGGCUGCCGUCUGUCUGACUGAUCCAAAUGCCUCUGCCACACAGCAGGCUGUGUUGCAGCAACAGCUCAACGCUCUGGCCUACACCCCUUUUGGAGACUCUCCGCUCUUCAGAAAUCCCAUGGUUGAUCCAAAGAAGAAAGAGGAGCGAUUGAAACCCACAAACCCAGCGGCCCAGAAAGCACUGACCACCCCUACUCACUACAAACUGACUCCUCGCCCUGCCACCAGAGUACGGCCAAAAGCCCUGCAGGCCACUGGAUCCUCCAAAUCCCAGCUCUUUGACGGACUGGACGAUGACGAACCUGCAUCUCUAUCCAACGGCACCUUCCUGCCCAGGAAGAGCAUCAAGAAACUGGUGCUGAAGAGCAUGAAUAACUCCACUCUCUGUUCGCCUGUACUCUGCAAAGAACCGAAUGAUCUGGCAUCACCUUCUGAAUAUCCAGAGAAUGGGGAGAAUGAGCGGGAAUGCCGGCUGGAGAGAGAGGAUGAAGACCAGCAGGAAGUGAAUAAAUGCUACACUAACACCAUAGUUAAGCCGAUCCCACAGACACCUGAGGGGAUGAACUGCAACAAGCACCAGAACUGUGCCAUGGAUGACACCAUCACAGAGAUGAACUUGAGGAACAGGCUGCGAAAUGGCACAUUGGAUGGGAGCAGUGAGGAUCCAUGUUUCAUUGACGGAUCCUUGAAUGAGGAGCGGGAGUCUGAGAUAGAUGACAAUUUGCCUCCUCACCCAGCAGGCAUUGUGCUGACCCGAAUUGGUUACUACACCAUCCCCUCCAUGGAUGAACUGGCCCAGCAGCUGAAUGAGAAUGGGGAAUGUAUCGUGGAGAACUUCACCAUCGGCCGCAAAGGUUAUGGUUCGGUAUAUUUCCCCGGCAUUGUGAAUCUGACCAACAUGAACCUGGAUGAGAUUGUGCACGUACGCAGGAAGGAGGUGAUAGUUUACCUGGAUGAUGAGAAAAAGCCCCCUGUGGGUGAGGGCCUGAACAGGCGAGCUGAAGUAACAUUAGAUGGAGUCUGGCCCACUGAUAAGAGCACUCGCUGCCUGAUCAAGUCACCUGAGCGACUGAUGGAGAUGGGUUUCGAGGAGAGGCUGGAGAGUUCAUCGCGAAAGCAGGGCGCCCGCUUCCUGGAAUACAGGUCCGAAACCGGCUCCUGGGUUUUUGAGGUGACACAUUUCUCCAAAUAUGGGCUCCAGGAUUCGGAUGAGGAGGACACCGAGCUGCCUUCAAAAGCUGAAACGAAAAAGUUGAAAACGGCAGCUCUUCCUGCUCAGCAGGCAGCACAGGUCUGCAAGCCUGCCACCCUGCUUCUGGAGAGCCCUAUGCUACAGCAGAUGGGGCGUGUGGCUGAGCUGGACAGCGACAUGGCUGACAUCACCCAGGAGCCCGUGCCGGACAGUUUCUUGGACGAGGACCUCACGGAGGAACAGGACCCUGUGUCGGCCUCCAGCAACAUUGCAUCCAGUUUGGGCAUCAACCCCCACGCUCUCCAGGUAAUGAAGGCCUCUCUGUUUAGCGAAGAUGAGGAAAUGAAUGGAAUGCAGGAUCGGUGCUUCACACAGCGCACAGUUAAAGAGGAUUGUGAGAGGGUGUUACCACGGCAGACUUUGCAAAGAUCAAGGGGCUUGGGUGGAGGCCUGUUUAAUUGCAGCUUCUCCAAAGCACUUUUGCCUUGCGGCGGGCAGCAGGAGCCGAGGGGUUUCCGGUCGUCUGCUGGCGUGGAGGCUCUUCGCUCACCAUUACUUCACCCCUGGCCAGUGGCAGGCCAGCUGCCCCCCUCUUUCGCCAUGCCCAGCCAGCACCCUGAGGUGCAGCUGAAGACGGUGGGCAUCAGGCGACAGCAGAAGCUGGUGCCAUUGGAGCAGUCAGUUACCAAUGGCAAAGGGAAGCUUCUGAUGGACAUGGCCCUUUUUGCUGGCCGUUCGUUCCGGGUUGGUUGGGCACCCAGUUGCAUUGUGUGUCACAGUGGGAAACAGCUGAGCUCUGUGGCCGAGGAGGAUCCUGAUCCGUGCGGUGUGGAGUAUAACUUCUUUCCAAAACCAGCAAAGAUCAAACAUGUUUCAGAGCUUCCGUUCAAGGUGCACCUGGAGAAGGUAAUGCUGAAGGAAGAGCGAGCAAAACAAGAUGUGUCCCUGUACACUGAGCAGCUGAAGAUUGCUCUGCGAUAUAGCAAUGUGGAGAUUGAGGACGGGUGCCCCUUUGUCGAACCUGAGCAGGGUGUGAAAGCUUUGCACGAGUACGCAGCUUGGAUCCAAGAGAUUGAAGACAGGAGUGAGGAGAUGGAAGGUAUUGUGAGGAGUUGGUCAUUGGCUUGGACGCUCUGUGAGGCCAUCUGGGGUGACCUGAAGGAACUGGACGCUAGCUUUUCACCGCCCAGCCCGUAUGUCCAGCAGCUGGAGCGCAGGAGGGCGUUCUCUGUCUGGCUGUCUCGCACUGCAGAAGAGAGGAUCGAGGAGGAAGUGGCGGUCUCUCGUCACAAGAGUCCUGUGGACGCUGUCUUCAGCUACCUGACCGGGAAGAGGAUCAGCGAGGCAUGCAAACUCGCACAGCAGUCAGGGGAUCACAGGCUGGCCUUGCUCCUGGCUCAGGCUGCUGGGGGCCACGAGGUCAGAGAGCUCCUCAGCAUGCAGCUCGCUGACUGGAACCAUCUGCAGGCUGACCCCUUCAUCCAGGAGGAGAGGCUGAAGAUCUUUGCGCUCCUGGCUGGGAAAGCAGUGUGGCAAUCGUCGGAGAGUUACAUUAACGUCUGCUCACAGCUGGAUUGGAAGCGUUGCCUGGCUGUUCAUCUUUGGUAUAUGCUGCCACCCAGAGCCUCCAUUGCUGAUGCUCUCAACAUGUACAGUGAAGCCUUUCAGGGCAGUGAAGAUAUCCAAAGGUAUGCACGCUAUCCACUACCUCCCUACCUGGAAGAUACUGAUAUUGACCUGAUUGAAGUCCCCGAGAGUGAAAAGGAAAGUGACCCCCAUCAGGACAUCUGUUACCAUUUACUGAAGCUCUACAGUGACAGGCACCACGAGCUCCACCUGCUGCUCAAUCCAAGGACUGUGACCCCCGACCACUUGGACUAUCGGCUGAGCUGGCACCUGUGGAUGGUGCUGCAGGCAAUGAACUACACUCACUUGUCGGAGAAACAUCAGGCCAUGGUGCACACCAGCUUCGCUGCUCAGCUCGAGGCAGUCGGCCUCUGGGAAUGGGCAGUCUUCGUCUUGUUGCACAUUCCCAAUUCUCAGCAGCGAGGGAAUGCAGUCCGGCAGCAGCUGAACAGGCAUUGCACGCUGGACGAGACAGAGGAGCAGAAGGAGAAAGAGUUGUUUCUGCAGGAGAAGCUCAGCAUCCCACCAGAGUGGAUCCACAACGCCAAGAGUCUGAGGGCUCACCAGAGCGGCAAUAUUCACAAGGAGGCACUGCACCUGAUCGAGGCAGGUCACUGGAACAAGUGUCACCAGCUAGUGGUCAGGCAUCUCGCAUCAGAUGCCAUCAUCAAUGAGAAUUACAGCUACCUGAAAUAUUUCCUUGGAAAGCUGGCCAUGCCGGAGUGCAGCUUACAGAUCCAGGACUGGGAUACAGCAGGAGCAGUCUUCUACGACUACAUCCGAGUGAUGGAAACGGUGCGGGGAAUCGGCGAGGUGGAGAAUCCGACAUAUGAGCUGGAGCAAAUCCACACUGAAGUGAUGUCCCUGUGUAGCCGAAUAGAACAGAUCGAUUGUCUCUCAGCCAAAGAUCGACUGGCUCAGUCAGACAUGGCUAAACAGAUCGCCAACAUGCUGCGCACUGUGCUCGGACUGCAACACAGUGCAGAAUUGCCCGGGGACAGGGCCCCCAGUCUCCAACACGUCCCCUUACGCUUGCUUGCCCCUUACAUCCGUAAGCUGCCCAUGCCUGAAGACUAUGCCCUCGAGGAGCUGCGCAGCCUGACUCAGACCUACUUGCGGGAGCUGGUUGUCGGCCCGUAGCCUCCUGUCUUGCGGAAGGGUGAGGGAACAGUUUUGACACACUCUCCGCCUGUACACUUCUCCCUUUGAGCUAAAGUUCCUCCGACAAAGCUGAAAUGCUACUGCGAGUCUCCAAUACUUCACUGUUAAAUGGAGGGACCGUUUAAAGACCUUUUUUUAAACAGAGAGGCAGCUUCCUGAGCAGGGACUGUAUCCUGGAAAGUUACAAUGUGCCACGUGGCCUUGCAUGUUGGUGGGACUUUCUUGCUUUUUAUUUUAAUAAUUCUGUUCCAAGUGAGUAUACAGGACUUGCAAUGUUGAUGACAGAUCAGCAAUGACACACCCCCCCCCCCCCCCCCCCAAAUACAACUUGACAAUACUGGGAGCUGAUUUGCUUAAAAUCAUCUGGCUAAACAACUUGUUGCUUUGAGAGGGAUCAAACUGACAAUAAACAUUGUUUUUUAAAUAGUUUUGUUGCAACUGCACGAUCUGACUAUUAAUAACACGAGUGCAAGAUGGAGGAUCCCUCUGUGCUAGACGCCACUGUCACUAGUUGAUGCUAGCAAGCUAUCUAGCGGUGCAGUAACCUCACCCACCAACCCCCAAUGAUAGAUGAUCCCACAAGUCUAGGAAGUGGAGAGAAAAAUGUGCUGCUUUGGAGUUUGGUUUAGUCACAAAAGCAUGCAAAACAUGGGAGAAACAGCCAGUUUUAAACUGCAGCUGCAACAACCACACCCCCACUCCCUAUAGAGCUUUCCCAAUCCUUCAGAAAUACGUGGAUCUGUCCAUUAAACAUGUGUGUGCUUUGCCUGGAAAGCUACUCUUUAUUCUUUGCUGGCAAUUCUGAGUCUGCUUGAUGGCUGCAGUGGAGCCAAUCUAUAGUUUUUAAUUCUGUUGGCAUGUCCUAACUCUGGCCCCUCUGAGUUUCUCUUUUCUGCCUGCCCCAGCAAAAAGGAAAUCAAUCCCCAAGACCCUCUGUCCUGCUGUUGGGCUUCACUGGCCCAAAGCACAAACAAUAGUGACAUCUUUCGAGUAACAUUCUUCUGUGUGUAACUGUAAAAUGCUUCCCAACACCCCUAGUGGAUUGUUUGUAAACCCAGCCUUGCUAACCCCAGUGCUGCAAUGCUAUCAGAAUGCAGCAAUUGUUGGACAGCAAGGUGGGGCUGUGUUUGGGGGGGGUGGGGACAGGCAGUGAGAGGUAUUCAAACCUGAACUGUUCCCAGUUGGUGCCUAAUCGGAUCAGCAGCAGUCAGAGUGGAGAAAGCUCAGCUUCUCUCCCUGUGCUCUCCUGCCUAACAGGGAGAAAGGAAACUGGCUUCAAUUAUCCUGGAUCCAGUCUGGGCUGUAGCCUCUAAACAGUUUGUGUAAACUUCCCCCUAAAUUCUCCCCUGGAGGAGGAGGAGGAGGGUAUUGGAAUGAAGGGAGCUGGGAGGGAUUCUCCUGUUGGACAAGUGAGAUCAGGCUGGGGAAAUAGAGUACCUCUGCAGUGCAGAGCUGGGGUGGCUUGUCCCAGGUGUCACUAGGGCUGAGCCCACACCAUUUACAGAUGGGGGUGUGCUGGAGUCAACAAUAGAUUUGAAAGAUCCGAUUUUUGACUCAUGCGAGCUUGGAUAAAGCUUACACAGCCACCUGUAAACCUCUCUACAGCAGGUGAGUGGUUUUAACACACCCUCUCCCCAAACCAUCAGCUGUUAAUAAACAUGGAGAGAAUACUGGAGAAUACUUGCCUUAGUUUGAUCUGCCAGUGUAGAGUUCAUUGACCAUCCUUGAAGAACCAAAUGCUCCGCACUCAAACCUAACCAAUUAAUCUCUUGUGAAAAUGGGAUUGUAGGUCAUGAAAGUAACCAAGGAGGAAUCACGGUGAUCUCUUCACACUCGGCUACCCUCCUCCUAAGUUCUGGAGUCCUUCUCGCUGCUCUGCAUGCAGUAGUGACCUGUACAGCCCAGGGUGCAAUGGAGUUCCCUUUACUCCAGGGUGGGGGAGAUAAUCCAGUAGACUUCCUUCUCCUCACAACUGUUUGAGUUUGGUCCUCGCUUCCUGAUUCAGUGAAAGUCGACCACUCCUUCAGCAAGGAGAAGCAGCCUGGUGUAAGUGCUCAUUAAAUAAUACAACCAUUACCUGCAGCGUCCGAAUAUUAGGGCCAAAUGAAGCACUUUAAAUAAAAAUUAAAGCAGCCGGUAGCAUUCCCUUGUCGAAUGUUUCUUAAAAAAUUGUGUGGAUGGUGACCCCUGAGGAACUUUUUAAGACUUUCUAUGGUGGGGGCGGUGGCGGGGGGGGGGGUGCGGAGAAGCUUCUGUUUUUCUAUCCAUUUCCCACCCCAGCAUCCCAUUGUAAAUGCUGCAGAAACUAACCCCAGCCAGAUUCACGUUUUUAGCAGUGACACUAACUAAGGCAGAAGUGUCUGAACUGUGUGUGAAAGGACGACUGUUGCCUGAAGAGAAAACAACUACAUGAAUAAAUGAUAAAAGCAGCACAUCAGAGAGGGAGAGAGACUGUGUGGUAUUAGUAACACCACAGCACUGGCUUAACUGGGGAAAUAUGGGGUAAAGGGAGUAGAUUGUCAAGGUUAAGUUUUUGGAACUUGUUUGCCAACAUGAUCAUGGGGAUAGCAUUAUAUUAGCCCUGAAAUCUCUCAGGAACUUUGUCCUCCCUCCUCCCUCUGGAACUGGUAAAGUGCCUGCUUCCUGAGACUUUCCAGUGUGGGACCGGGGCUUCAGUGAUGAUCGGAAAGAUUUCCCACUUCAACUUUGCUGUUGAACCACCCAGGUCCAGCUUUGCCUGGUAGAGAGGGAAGAGGAUUGAGUGAGAGAUCUGCUCGCGGUAUCCAGUCUCCCCGAUGUGAAAGGCCAGGAUAACUGUUGGGCUGCCUGGGGCUGAAAUUUGGUGCCAUUGAUGUAGCCCAGGGGCGUUGUACCUCAGCAAAGGGCAGUCAGUUCUGGUCAGGAUCCAAGAGGCAGUGUGUCAAGGUCAGUUCAUUUCAUUAACAAAGAUAUUGUUUCCUUUGAUCUCGUUGAGAUAGUGUCCAUAUGUGUAUGUGAAAGAUAGUCUUUGACCAGUAGAAUACAGGAAAUCAUAACGUCUUUCAUUAAUUUAUACCAGUACAAUAUUAGUUCUGGGUUUAGCAUUUUGUUACCAUAUUCUAAAUAAGCAUCUUCACCCUUUCUGCCUCUGGAUAUUCUCAGCUCCUGGCCUGAUGGUGGGUGUGUCUUGCAGGUGGUGUGAAAUAUAAAAGGAUGCAUUGAAAAGUUUUUAAUUAAAAAGAAAUUGCAAAUAAAGUAAAUUCUCAUAGAUUGUUGAGGGUAUUCUUUUUAACUGUUUUGUGUGGGGAGGGGAACAUGCAAUAUUUUUUAAUAAAUGUGCAAAUUUCAA